CAUAGUGCUACGUACAACCACCAUGAAUUUUACUCGGAAAACACAGCCCCCGUUUAUCAUGGGCAGCCACAUAUGACAUAGUACGACACGCAGCUCCAAAGGUGGGUGUCGCCAUCUCUCGCCCACAGCCUCGCCUGCUCUUUGGUCCAUACUCCGAUCUCCGAUGCACGCACCGUGAAGCGUGAACCUGAAGUAGCUCAGCUCCGAGCUCGCGCGCCGCCCCGCCCCGCCAUGAAGUCGUCGUCUCAGAGCCACAGCCCCAGGACCCCGUCGCCGCGCGCUCGCGGCACGGCGGCGGCCCCCGGCGCCGACCACGCGCGCUCCUCCUCGGAGCCAUGGGUUCUCGCAUGCGUGGACGACACGUGCGUCAACGACGUGGAGAGCUUCGCGCGCACCGUCGCCGCCGUGAAGUCCAAGCCCCGCCCCGACCUGCUCCCGAGCGUGCUGUCCCACUACGCCGCCAAGUGGCUCCCGGACGUGGCCACGUCCGCCUCGGGCCGCUUCCUGCCCCCGGAGAGCCCCACCGCCACGUGGCUCAAGAAGCGUCUACUCCUGGAGACCCUCGUCGCCGCGCUCCCGCCGGACCCGCCCAGCGGCGCGGCCGCCGACGACGGCAUCACGUGCGACUUCCUGCUCAAGCUGGUCCGGGCGGGGAGCAUGGUGGGCGCGGACGCGGCACUGCUGCGGGAGCUCGAGUCCCGCGCGGCGCGGCGGCUUGACCAGGCGACGCUGGCAGCCGUGAUGAUACCGGCGUUCGGGCACGCGCCGGGCGGGUCGACGCUGCUGGACGUGCGGCUGGUGCGCGAGUUCCUCAAGGAGGGCGGCAAGGGCAGUAACCAAACUUUACGAUGUCAAACUGUGAGAAGCUAUAACCAAAGAUCAUUCAUACGCAUGCAAGUACGCACAAUUGAAAGCACUGUUUUACAUUCUCGUCCGCAUUCAUCUGUCGCACACAAACGGAAAACUGCCUUAUCAUCAGCCGUGGCGCAUCCGGGCGCCGCGAAAGAGGAGAGCAAGUCGCUGUGGAGGCUGAUCGACGCGUGGAAGCUGUCGGUGGAGGGGGCGGCGCACGCCGUCCAGAACUACUGA